AUGAAGACCCAGGAAGUAUUUGACGCUUACAAUAGUUCUUAUAAAGUGAAAAGCGAAGGCAGUUACAACUUUACUUACUCAAUACGAAAUAUUUCUGAAGACGCGAUCUAUUUCAGGGAUCCUAAUGAAGUGUUAAUUCCUUGGAAAAUGAAUGAGUAUUUCAUUUUUAUAGUGGUCACUUACAUCAUAACUUUUGUGCUAGGCGUGUCUGGCAAUAUGACAGUUAUUGCUGCAAUUGUAGGCGAUAAGGCAUCUCGAAAUAUGACCAGCGUGUUCCUUGUCAGUUUAGCUAUUGCUGAUUUAUUACUUUUGGUUAUCUGCGCACCUUUAGAUGUAGCCCACUAUUUUGUUUUGCAGUGGGAUAGCGAGGGAACUAUCUGCAAAUUGGCAGCUUACGCGGAGUCAGUUUCUGCCUUCGCAUCUGUUCUCAACCUAUUGGCUGUGACCGUAGAAAGAUUUGUCGUGAUUGUUUUUCCUAUACGGUCAAGAUCCUUGUGCACCAUGAGCAACUGCAAAAAACUUGUGCUGGCUGUUUGGAUAGUGUCCCUUAUUCUGGCUCUUCCAGUUGUAGCGACGAAAGGAACUCUUAAGACUACGUUCACGAACUAUGAAGUCUCUGUGACCAUUUUCUCUUGCAAAGACUCUCACAACUGGAGCGGUUUAGCUGUAGCUGUUUACCGAUUUAUAACACUUUUUGCUCUACCCUUUCUGCUUAUGAUUAUCUGCUAUUCAUGGGUCAUUGCUGAGCUAUGGAUCAGUACAAGGACAAUGGAUGAGCUUACUAAUUUCAAUGAUAAUCCAAAUAAUAUUUGCAGUAAUAUGUCACGAACCAGUUCCCAUGACAGCAUCAGCCAUGACUCUCACGUUACAUGGAAUGGUCAGAGAGUUUCAUGCCGAGGUAACGUCAAGUCAACCAGACAGCAGAUUCUAUUAGGAAUUAAGUAUCAUAAAGGGGAGAAAGAUAAUGUUAGUCGUGCACUUGAUUCAGCGCGAAAUGGUGACAUGGACGUGAAUGAAGCUGCCAUAACAUUCCAAGGGCAACGUUGCAAAGACGUGAUUAAAAUGCUAAUCCUUGUAGUUAUUCUAUUUCUGGUGUGUUGGGGUCCACGACUUAUAAUGGAAAUCAUUCUUAAAUGCUGCCUGGAUGUUUUCAAUCAUGGAAUUUAUACCACCCGUUUUAUUUUUUAUUUGCUACCCUUCGUUCACAGCUGUCUAAAUCCUAUGGUUUAUUGCUUCAUGUCUAGCAAAUUUCGUCAUCGCCUGUUGCAUUGCUGCUGCAGAAAUAAACAGCCGGAACAUCAUCCCAUGCGACUGAAGAGCUCUAUGUUAAGGAACAGCAAUUCACGAGUUGGAUCGUCUCACACAUUUUCAUCUUAUACUACCAGUCCAUGCGCUGAAAUUAAUCAACUCGCAUUGUAAUGCUAAAAUAAUUUUUAUUUCAGCUUUUGGGUGAAACGCAUUAACGUUUACUCAAAUUCGCAUGACAAUUAACCAGGUGUCAUUAACUUUCAUCUUUCUGAAUAUUUUGUUUUAAUUCACUUUUGCACAUCGGAUGUUAAAUAACAGCAUUAUUAUACAGAUUUUCAUAUAAACACUGAUUGUCACGACCUCUUGUCGAAAGAUGGGGUAAUGUUAGUCUUAGAUGUUUGCAUAAUUAAAUAAUCUUAGGACCAGAGAUUAGAGCGUGAACUAUCUUGAAAAGUGAACAAUCGAAAAUUAAAUCGUAUGAAGAGCACUUUUAUCCUCAUUUAAGUUUACACAAGAAAAGUACACAUAACAAUGCACGUUUCAAAUUAAAAUAUAUUUUAAUGAAAAUAAACAAAAUGAAAAAGAAAUUAAGAGUUCACCUUAAUUCAUUUGCUAUCUUCCUGCUGUUGACUAAGUAUGAACCAUUCCUAUUAUGAAAAAUUGAGUACGCUAUGUGAGUAAAAUUUAUUUAACACAAAAAAAAUUUUUUUGCUUUCAUAAAUUUCAAACAUAUUUUUUCUAAGAAACAUCAAUAUAAUCAUCCCUACUUACAAUUUUAAAUAUCCUUUUUUCAUUCUACAUUUCAUAAUAUGUUUAAAACGCAAACCUAACUUGCUUAUUCCUACACAGUAAAACUGACAGUUUUAUACAAAUCAUUUUUAGCAUGGAAGCAAAUAAAAAACUUAUAUUAAAUUUAAUCUUAACUUUUAACGAAGCCCAAUUUCUUAAACAUAUAAUCAAAGGCGCUUCAUAUUGCAAAAAAAUGGAUUUCCUUUGAUGCAGAUUAAAAUCAAAAUUAUUGAUAACAAAAAAGUAGCAGUUUUUUUUUUCCUUUUAGUCCAUUUUUCCUACUGAUGUAAAAAUGUUAUAUGUAAUAUUUUCUACAAAUUUAAGAGUAUUAUAUUUUGGACUUCACUACUUCACGGAUCCUCAUUAGCCUUACAAAUAACGAGAAUAAUUAGGCAUUCAGUUUUAGUUAAUAAACCAUCACCUAGAAAAAUCCACAUUAUCAGCCAGAGAGCAAUGCCUGAACAAUGCGUGUAAGAUAAUUUCUCAACUCUUGCAAAAUAAUGUCAAAACCUCUACUAUUUAUGCUAUGGAAAAAAGAGACAUAAACUUCACUUUAUGCAUAGAAGUUGGAUUAUGAAACUGAAAAUGGGGAGUAAAUUCUACGUUAUGCAUCGCCUAGAUCAUAGUCAGAAUACCUGCACUGUUAAUACAUUUCUAUAUCUUUGAGCUCCAUAACAAUAACCUUUGAAAGAAUUUCUUUUUAGAAUGGAUCUAUGUUAAUUUAACUAUGAAAUUAAACUCAUUUGCUUGAAUAUGUUUUAAAAUUAAACUCCUAUGUUUAAGAAUUAAGGGUUCUUAAUAUUUUAAAUGUAUAACAAUUAUGCAGUUUUAAAAUUAUAAUUGCCACAGUAGCAGAAGCAGUUUACUUUCAUUUUAACUUUUAAAUGUCUCAUUUUCAUAUAAAGAGUUUAAAAAUUGAAUUUUAUGUAUUAUGCGCUCUAAUGUUUUCAAAAUACUGAUACUGCAUCAUUUACUCUACAGAUGAUACUGCAUCUUUAUUGUAAUAAAUCAAAUCUUAAAAUACCUAUGAUUUUGUUUAUAUUAUGUUAAUUGUUAAAAGACAUUUCUACGGCACUCACACGUUUGAAAGAGAUUAUUAUAUUAUAUGUUCAGGACCGUCUAAAAUUUUCACCCAUGUGUGCAAAAAUGCAUGAUUUCUCCAGUUAACCAUUGUUGAGCAUUAUUUUGAGAGCAUUAUAAAUUUUAUAAAAUAAAAGCUGCGAAUAUUUUUAACGUUCAGUAAUCUAUGAUUUGCAUAAAAUGCCAGUUUUUCUUACUUUAAAAAAAAAAAAAAAAAAAAAAAAAAAAAAAAAAAAAAAAAA